CGCCCUCGCCCUUCCGCGUCUCCCAAGUCCCAACCGCUGCGGCGCCCCCACGUCCCGAUCCGCACGCCGCAUCCCCGUCCCAUCCGCUCGUCUCUCGACGGUUCCGCCGACCCGCGCCCGCCAUCCCCGCAUCCGCCCGCCGCAGAUCCACCACGCGCGGCGCGGGCAGCCGCAGUCCCCGUCGUCGUCCUCACCGCGCGCCGAUCCACCCCUGCCGUCGAUUCCCCACGCGCGGCCGCCGCCCCGUCGCUGUCGGCGCCCACUCCUCACCGCUGCACCUCCUCCACGCCGCCGUGGGCCUCGCGCCGCCGCUCCUCCACGCCGCGACUGCACCUCCUCCACGCCGCGGCUGCACCUCCAGCACGCCGCCGUCCGCCUCGCACCGCCGUACGGCGCCCCCUCCCCGACGUCACGACCCGCCCCGAGAUCCACCGCGACCCGUGCUGCUCACUCUACGCCGCCGCGUGCCCUUUCCCCAUCGCCUCGGCUCAAUGUCUGCCUCUCCUGCGCCACCGUCCGUUCCGGCUCUUCUGCGCCACUUGCAGCGACCAGGUCUACGGUCCCGCCUUCGACCACGUCGUCUUCCUCAACCAAUCCUCCUCUCCUCCCCUCUACCUCCUCGACCUUGCUGGACAGGAAGGGGCUGGAGAUGCUUGCCUGCUGCACACAGUUCACCAGCGAUGACCCUGCGGCCAACUGCGUGACAGAGAUUCAAAAUAGGAAUGUGCUGUGGGGGUUCUGUUUUCUGACAACACCCUACACUAAGCACGAGCUCAUCAAGAUGGAGAGUGACAUAUUCAAGCUGCUCCAGUUCAAGUUGGGCAAUCCUACAAUCAAGAUCUUCCUGAGGCGGUUCACAAGAUCAGGCCAUGAAGACAAAAAUCGCUCCAUCUUGUUAAUGGAGUUCUUGGGGAGUUACCUUCCUGAGCUGAGUCUGGUGGACUAUGGCUGUCUCCGGUUCUUGCCAUCAGUAGUUGCUGCUAUGGUGAUGUUUGUUGCUAGGCUGACCAUUGAUCCAGAUGUCACUCCUUGGGUAAGGGGCAAGAUAGAUCUUCGUAGAUGUCUGAAUAUUAUGCAAUGGAUCUUUCUGUUUCUCAAGGCUCAUUAUCCUUUUUUUUUUCUGGUCACCUAGAUGAUUGUUAGUUCUUGACAUAAGCAGUAUGCCAACAAUAAUUUUAGAAUAUAAUUCAUUGAGAAGCAACCAACAAUAAUUUUAGAAUAUAAUUCAUUGAGAAGAAACUAUCAAAUAAGUACUGCUCAACAAAAAGAAUAUCAAAUAAGUACAGGCAUGCAUAUUUUUAGCAGAAUUUUGAGAGACAAUACAUGUGUUUAGGUUCAGAAUUAAAUUUUAUCAAAUUCUUCCAAACUAAAUAUACAUGUAUGGAGCUUGAAUUGCACCUUAGAUCUUGAGAUUUAUAUCAUCCAUGAUUUUUCACCUACAAUAUUGUUGUAACCAAAUAGAAUAAUUUUACGUUUUAAAUUGGAGCAAAGAGAUAAGCAAAUGCACAGCUUGUGAUACCAUAAGUGGAUCAGGAGAAGAGAUGGGUAGGUAACACCAAUAUUUUAUAUUCAUUUUCCUUUUUCAUAUAGAGAGAGUAUCAAGAUGUAGUGCUAAAGUAGUUGCAUCCGGCAAACAUGGUCUACAUUUCCAACUUUCAAAAGUAGUGCAUGCAAAUAUUUGGCCCUUGACAACUGCAACAUCUAGAUGGCAAGCAUAAGUGUUCAUCAAGGUAGUUCUUCAAACCAGAACUAACUACCUUGGUAGUGCAGGGCUAUGGACUGGGAACAGAGUGACUCCUUUAUGGAAGAACUGCAUGUUGUGCCUCAAUUCUUCAUGUAAGUAUGGAUGGGUUUGCAUAGAGCUUGCAUAGUACUAGAGAAGACUCAAAUAUUGUAUGCUCUUUAAUAUGAUCUGCUUGCAAUCUUUUCCAUGUAAUUGAUUUUUUGGGUCCGUUCUUUAAAAAACAUGUGAUUGAAGGUCCACAUGAUGAUAAGGAAUGAAAUUGCUGGAUAAUUAUGGGUCCAUCAGAAAGGUAAAUUUAUUAGUUAUUGACAUGAGCAGUGGAAGAGCAAUGCUUGCAUCCGAUGCGUUGUCCGAUAGUCUCUCUGUAGAUGUGCAGCACUAUACAGAUGCGUCUUUUUUUUUCCAUCAUCAAUAUUUUCUAUACUAUGGUUGGUAUCUUCCAUAUGGGAUGGCUGGGGAAGAAACGGGUUAAUAUUACCACAAGUGCCUCCUUGCAUCUAAUAAGAGUAAGUGGGUCUGAGGUUGAAUGGUAUGGUAUGCCAGUAUGAGACAGUAUCAUAAUUGUAAGCUUGCACAUAGAGGUAUUCCAUUUUAUUAUUCGUUUUUGUUGGACAUGAAAAAUAUCAAUGAGUCCCUUCAAAAAAAGAAAAAUAUCAAUGAGAAUAUGUAUUGUGACAA